AUUCAUCGUUUAGUGAUCGUACCAGUUAGACGUGCCAGUUAUACGUGUUUAAAAUAAAUUUUAAUUAAAAAUCUAAAAUGUCAGAAAUAAACUUUAAAAGUUUGGAAGAAAGUUUAGAAAAACAUAUACCCAUUGAUGAGCUUAAAGAAGUAAAACGUAUUUUAUAUGGAAGAUCUGAUGAUAACGUUUUGGAAUUACCCGAAGAAGCUAAAAAUAUUGCAUCUGAAAAUGGAUUUGAAUUGAAAGCUUACCGUUUUCCUGCUAAACAAGAGCAAAUAAGAAAACCACGCCUGGUAAAAGUAGGAGCCAUACAAAAUUCCAUUGUAUUGGCCACAACCGAACCAAUUGAAAGACAACGCGAAGCCAUAUGGAAUAAAAUCACCAAAAUCAUAAAAGCCGCAGCAGCAGCGGGAGUUAAUGUUUUGUGCAUGCAAGAAGCUUGGACCAUGCCAUUCGCUUUCUGUACACGUGAAAAAUUCCCCUGGUGUGAGUUUGCCGAAGAAGCCAAAUCGGGUCCCACCACUAAAAUGCUACAGGAAUUGGCUAAAGCCUAUAAUAUGGUCAUUAUUUCACCGAUUUUAGAAAGAGAUGUAGAACAUUGUGAUAUCAUUUGGAAUACAGCAGUUGUGAUUUCAAACAAAGGUCGCUAUAUGGGUAAACAUCGUAAGAAUCAUAUACCUCGUGUGGGCGAUUUUAAUGAGUCCACCUAUUAUGUGGAAGGCAAUACCGGUCAUCCUGUAUUUGAAACUGAAUUUGGUAAAAUAGCCAUUAACAUCUGUUAUGGUCGUCAUCAUCCUCAGAAUUGGAUGAUGUUUGGCUUAAAUGGUGCUGAAAUAGUAUUUAAUCCCUCGGCUACGGUAGGUGCCUUAAGUGAACCCUUGUGGUCGAUUGAGGCAAGAAAUGCUGCCAUCGCGAAUAGUUAUUUUACAGUUGCUAUUAAUCGUGUUGGCUAUGAGGAAUUCCCCAAUGAAUAUACAUCGGGCGAUGGUCAAAAGGCUCAUAAAACAUUUGGUCCAUUCUACGGUUCAUCGUAUGUGGCUGCACCUGAUGGCAGUAGAACUCCUGGCCUCUCACGUGAUAAGGAUGGUCUUUUGAUUUCCGAAUUAGAUUUAAAUAUGUGCCGCCAAGUGAAAGACUUUUGGAAUUUCCCUAUGACUCGAAGACUUGAACUUUAUGCUGAAUCUUUCAAAAAAGUCUCUGAUUUAGAUUUUAAGCCCCAAAUUAUUAGAGAAUAGUUUACAAAUUUAAUUGUAAUAUUAUAUAACUUUUGUUAAGGAAAUAAACGAUCUGAGAUACCUUUUA